AAACACGACCACAAACUGUCCGUGCGGUGUGUGAGAAAGCUGACGGCUGUGAUUGCGAUUGAUACAAAACCGAUGACUCACAGUGAGUGUGACAAUUCGUGAAAAACGAGCUUCGCAAAACUCUACCGUUGGUAUCUCGCCCUUUGCCCGUCAAACAUACCUUUCCUCCUUCCUCUUCAUCCCACCCAUAUCUCGGAGCCUAAUAUAAUGAGGUAAUAAUGUGGCGGGCUAAUCAGCCGAUUUGGUUAAAUUCCACCAACCAAAUCGUAUGCACCAGCCAAUUUCUCCAUCGGUAUCUCGGUCGGUGUGGCAACUGGAACGGGCUGUGCUAUCUUUAUAUCUUGCGCUAUCUUUGUGUAGUUUUAUCGACAUUCCGUGUCAGCGGAGUGGUACAAAUCCGAAGGUCCCUGGGCCCGCCGGAACUAACCCCUUGCAAGACCCCGGGUGAGAUUACGCAAGCCAACAACAACUGUGGCCCGAUUGGAAGGAACCUGCGUCGCUAGGCCAGUGUACCAACAAACUAUGUACUAAAGGCUUUGCUUCUGCCUGCUCGGAACACCUUUCCCCCAUCCCUCAAUAAGGCGGGAAACUUCUAAAUCAUGCUUCGGGAUCGAAAUAUAGAUAAAUUUAACCGCUCGUUAUCUUAUCGUAAAGCCGUCCGGCCGGGUAAAGCGGGCGGGUUUGUGUUUCCUAUUUUUUUUGCGGCAUCUUUACACUACAUCGCCGGCGCAUCGGUUUUAUCCGAAAUUUACCCCUUUCUUACCACCUUCCCACCUUCCGUCAUCCCCUGGUAUCUCUCUAACCGAAAAUUGGGUAAGAAAAAUGGCGCGUUCCGGCACGGACCUGGCGCAGUGUAAUAUCGACCGCUGAAACGUGAUGGCGCUCGUGGCACGCGUGAUGGAACCGAUCGUCGAAACCCGCGCCCUGAUUGGGUCGGCAGUGGAGCAACGGUGGAACGCACUGCUGGACGUCAUCGGUGACGAUCCCGAUUUUCUCUACACGUGGGGACUGACCGUGUAUGUGCACUCGUUUUUCUGGAUCGUCGGCGGGCUGUUUGUGCUGAUGGAUCUGACCAACCGGCCAGUGUUCCUUCGCCGCUACAAGACGCAACCGGGCAAGAAUGAGCCGAUCGCCUGGCCGGAUUUGCUGCGUGUCAUGCGGACCAUCCUCUUCAAUCAAACGGUCGUCGGUAUACCGCUGACGCUUGUCGGCUACCACGCAACAAUCAAGGGCAGCGUGCCGGACGUCCGCACCCUGCCGCCGGUGGACGUGAUUGUGCGCGAUCUGCUGGUGUGUGUGUUUUUUGCCGAGGUCGGGUUCUACUAUGUGCAUCGCUUCCUGCACAUUAAGCCACUGUACCGGCUGGUGCACAAGAAGCACCACGAAUGGACGGCCCCAUUCGCCUGGACCGCAAUGUACUGCCAUCCGAUCGAGCACAUCAUCAGCAACAUGGUGCCGCCAAUGAUCGGCAUACAGCUGAUGAAGGCGCACGUCUUCACUACCGCGAUUUGGUUCCCGCUCGUCAUCUUCAACACGAUACGCGACCAUUGCGGCUACCAUUUGCCAUUCUUUCCCAGCUCCGAGUACCAUGACUACCAUCAUGCGAAAUUCACGGAGUGCUUCGGGACGUUCGGGUACCUCGAUUGGCUGCACGGAACAGAUACCAAGUUUCGGAAGUCGAAGCAACACCAGCGCCACCGGACACUGUGGGGCAUCAAGUCGGCACGGGAGCUGUUCCCGGACAGUUGAGUCUUCCCGCCUUCCGGCAAGAACCACAACCACAUACACAGCACCGACUGCCCUCUACUCUACACCCAAGUGCCUAGCAAUGAUAAGUAUCGAAUAAAUACGUUUGUAAGCUGACAUA